AUGGCCUUUUCAUUACUAUCAUCACCAUCACUUGUUUCUAUUUGUGACAAAUCUUAUAUCAAACCUUCCUCUCUCACCCCUCCUACACAUAGAUUUCACAAGCUAUCUUUCAUCGAACAAUCUUUCAGUAGUAUGUAUAUUCCUUUGGCACUUUUUUACCCUAAAGUACAACAAAGAGAGCACUCAAACAAUUCUCAUGAACAUUCCCACAUAGCUAACUUGCUACAAACAUCUCUAUCAAAAACUCUUGUCUCCUACUAUCCUUACGCUGGAGUGUUGAGAGACAAUUCUACUGUUGAUUGUAACGAUAUGGGAGCAGAGUUUUCGAGUGUUCGAAUAAAGUGUCACAUGUCUGAAAUCCUUGAUCAUCCUGAUGCAUCUCAUGCAGAGAGUAUAGUUUUUCCCAAGGAUUUACCUUGGGCGAAUAACUAUGAAGGUGGUAAUUUACUUGUGGCGCAAGUAAGUAAGUUUGAUUGUGGAGGAAUAGCCAUCAGUGUAUGCUUAUCACACAAGAUUGGUGAUGGUUGCUCUGUGAGUAGUUUCCUUAAUGAUUGGGCUAGUCUCACUCGUAAUCACACGAUGACAACAGUUAUUAAUCCUUCUCCUAGAUUUGUAGGAGAUUCUAUCUUCUCUACAAAAACUUAUGGUCCUCUUAUUUAUCCCCAAUUUGUGUCCAAUCUUAGUGAAUGCAUACAGAAAAGAUUAAUUUUCCCUACCGCCAAGCUAGAUGCCCUUCGAGCUAAGGUGGCAGCCGAAUCGGGAGUAGAAAAUCCAACACGGGCUGAAGUUGUUAGCGCGCUUCUUUUCAAAUGUGCAACAAAGGCAGCAUCAAGUACAACUACUUCAAUGUGCCCAUCAAAGUUGAUUAACUUCCUCAACGUGCGGACUAUGAUGAAACCUCGUCUACCUCGUAGUGCUAUUGGAAAUGUAUUGUCCUUAUUUUCCACGUCAGCAAUUAACACAAAUAACGAGGAAGAGAUGAUAUUGCCAAGAUUGGUACAUAAUCUAAGGAAAGGAGUUGAAGUUGCAUCAAAGAAAGAGCAAGUCCAACAAAAUGAAUUCAUCUUACAAGUAAUAGACUCAAUGAAAAAAGGGAAAAUGUUAUUUGAAAAUAAGGAUGAAAAUUGUACAAUGUAUGCUUGCAGUAAUCUUUGCAAAUAUCCAUACUACAGUGUGGAUUUUGGAUGGGGAAAACCUGAAAGAGUGUCUCUAGCAAAUGGUCCCUUGAAGAAUUUCUUCUUCUUGAUGGAUUAUCAAACUGGACUAGGCCUGGAAGCGCGGGUAAUGUUGCACAAACAACACAUGUCUGCAUUUGAAUGCGAUGAGGAACUCCUUCACUUUAUUUCCUAA